AUGACCACAAUGUUCCUCGCGGACUAUGGCGCCGAUGUGAUUCACAUUGAUCCGCCCUCCGGCCCGCCAUGGCGCCACUCUGCAAACGCUGCCCUGCAUCGAGGAAAGAGAUACAUCCGUCUGGACCUGAAAACGGAAGAAGGGCUCUCACAGGCGAGGCGGCUGAUGACUAGUGCCGACAUCAUCGUCGAGAACUUUCGACCCGGGGUGAUGAGAAAACUUGGACUCGACCCCGAGGUUGCUAUUGAAUCAAACCCCGGCCUCGUAUGGUGUUCGAUGCCAGGGUUUCCUUCGGACGACCCUCGCGCUUCAAUGCAAGCAUGGGAAGGCAUCGUCUGCGCCGCGGUCGGGCUCUAUCCUUCACUGGGCUUCGGAGCCGGGGGUGGCGAAGGGGACCCCGUGUUUACGGCCUUGCCCCUCGCUUCAAAUUACGCAGCCUUCCUCGCAGCUCACAGGAUCGUUGCGGCAUUGCGCACGCGGCAGCGAUUUGGUCGAGGAGAAGUAAUGGAGGUCUCCUUGUUCGAGGCUGGCUUUCAAGGUCUUGGCUUUGGCGCCGAAGACCCCCCGUCUCGCACCUUAUCAAAUACUCUCGUGGUUAAGAUGCCGGCCGCUAUGGGUGUCCGAAAGGCAGGAGACAAUAAUUAUGUCUAUAUAGAUUCCCCAUUGCGAGGCUUGCAGCGACUCUUGAAUAAGUUUCUUCCGGGGCGGGACAUCAGAUCAAUGCAUAAAGUCGAGAUACUUGAAUUGUCGGACGACUUGAACAAAUUGCUGUCAGCGAAGCCAGCUCGUGAGUGGGAGCAGCUCUGUCAAGAAGAACUCGAGGGUGCGCUUGGAUUGGCUCAGCCGGUUUCAGCAUGGUUGGAAGACAAGCAUGCUCUUGAUAGCGAGUGCGUUAUCCAGGUUGAAGACUGUGAAUAUGGCGAAACAUUUCAAGCCGGCUUUGCUACGCGCCUAAGUGUCAGCCGGCCCUUCGUCCGCGGUGGGCGUCAUUCCGAGCCUCUGCCAGGAGGAGAACAGAUCGAAUGGCUUGAACCUCAGAUGGAGCGACCAGUAAUCGACGUUGUCGCACCCACGCCGCCGCUUGCGGGGUUGCGCGUUCUGGAUCUGUCGACGCUGUUGGCUGGACCGACAACCGCCAGGAUACUCGUUCAGCAUGGUGCAGAAGUCAUUAAGAUUGACCGCCCGGGCAUCAUCACCGGCGAUGUCGACCCUCUCACUGAUGACGAGGUCGCGUUUAUUGGCGCCAGAACCGUUAGCGCGGGAAAGCGCAUGAUGUUCUUGGAUUUGAAGAGCCUAAAAGGACGCGAUAUUCUCGCUGCGCUGAUUGCUAAAUCAGAUGUAGUACAUCACAACUUCACGCCUAAGGCCGCAUUACGAUUGGGAGUUGACGAGCAGAGUGUGCGUGGAAUCAAUCCCUCAAUCAUCAUGUCCACGAUGUCUCUUCAUUCGUAUGGCGGCUUUCGAGAAGCGUAUCGCGGACACGACAUGUUAGGACAGAUGGUGACGGGCAUGGCGCACCGUCAUGGGGGAACUGCGGGGCCUCAGAUCCAGUCCACCUAUCUGAACGAUAAUGCGGCCGGCCACCUCAACGCCUUCGGCAUAAUCUUGGCCUUGCUACACCGCGAUGCAACCGGUCAGGGGCAGGCGGUCAACGCGUCGCUGUCACGUACGGCAACUUUGCAUCAACUUCCAUACAUGAUGAAGUAUGCUGGAUGGACUGGGGACGAGCCGAGUGGACCGGGCAGUCCAGGCUGGAACGAAUUCGACCGUCUUUAUAAGGCGCGGGACGGAUGGUUCUAUUUGGCGGAAGGUCACGAGAAAGGGCGCCAGCUUCUUGAAGCUCAAUCGGGGUUUGAGAAACUUGCGACUGUGCCAGCCCGGGACGUUGCGAUCUGGCUGGAGGCGAAGUUCGAACGCAUAUGUGUGGCUGAUUGCAUAGCCAUCCUCCUCCAGGCCGGGCUAAGCGCUCACCGUUAUUGCGGCCUCCAGGAGCUCGCUGGUGAUGUUGAGGUUGUGCGCAAUAACCUGCUCCCGACGAUCCACCACCAGGGUCUAGGACUUGCGCGUGGCAUUGGCCUUCCAGUGUAUAGCAGCGUCGAUCGUGAAAAAUCGCUCUUGAAAGCACGCCGUCCGGGAUCAGACACUAUCAAUGUCCUUAUCGAGCACGGUUUUGCAGACGAAAUCGACCAUUUAUUGAUGGAUAGAAUUAUUGCUACUGAUGAAGCGAAUAUUCUGAACAUGGUUUAG